AUGGCAGAGCCGCCAGCUAAGCGUGCUCGCCGCAUUGACAGCUCCGCAAUGUGGGAUAUGGAUGAUCGAGGGUCGCGCUCCCCUGUUGUGGACUCGAACUAUGAUAGGAAUUCCAGACGCGAUCCGUCGGAUGACGGACGUGAAGGGCCCCGCGAAGACAGGAAGUAUCGCUCUCGAUCAGAAGACAGACGAGACAAACGAAGAGAAAGGAGCAGAUCCAGGGAUCGCCGCGAUCGUGACAGGGACCGAGGCCGUGACAGGAGGGAACGUGAUAAGGAUGGGCGGGAUGCAAGAGUCCGUGACAGAAGUGGCAGCCGCGACAGGUACACAGACCGACGAGGUUAUUCGUUCAAGGGUGACAGGUAUCGCGAUCGUUCCCGGUCACCGACCCGAAACGGCACUCGAGACAGAGCAUCGCCAGGCCGGGGCUCGCGAGGUGAUCGCAGAAACGAACGUAGGGACCAGCGAGACCGACACAACAUUGCGCCAGAUUCAAAAUAUCGAGCGGAUUGGACAAAAGAUGAAAUGGACAUGGAUCUUGAUGAAGCAGAAGAGGAUGACAUCGACGAGCUCAUGCGACGGUGCCUGGGAUUCUCGAAAUUCAGGAGCACCAAGAAUACAAAGGUACCUGGAAACAAUGCCUAUGGUGUGCGAAAGGAGAAGAAGACGGAGUAUCGACAGUACAUGAACCGUCAAGGAGGGUUCAACCGACCUCUGAGUCCGUCGCGGUAAAAGCAAGAUAUCCCGGCCUGUUCUUUGCUAUUAUAUCCUUAUUCCUAUUUUUUCUUUACCGUUACAGAGCUUUUUUCCAUCCUAGAUUUGUUACAUGCAUUUUGGGCGUUAGGGUUGUCUCUUUAGCUUUAUUUCUGUGCACGUUGUGCUAUCAUUUUUUUUUCAACAUGUUGAUGAAUUGCAUCGUCCCUGCAUCAAUUUCAAAUAUCAUCUUUC